CCUAUUUAUGUAUCAAGUCAACAAAGAGAUGUGAAGUCAACAGGGAGGCAGCACACAGGAAAAAACAAGCAAAGUGUAGUUAUCCUGGCUGUGUGCAAAAACAAUGAACUUUGGGGGGAUAUGUAGAAGGCAAAGAAAAGACCCUCAUCUCAUCCUGCAGGUAGGAGGUAAACAGACGGUACAUUUACAUUAAUGGAAAUGGGAUCUCAGCCAACCUAGAAGAAAACUUUGGGUGAGAUAAAACUUCUUUAGACAAGAGAUUAACCUGGUUCUUAGGUUUAGUCUCUAGAAAGUGUUAUGAUUUUAUUUUAAAUGUAACCAUUUUUUCCGAAUAGCCUUAGUUUCUAUAGCCUGAAUCUCUAGACUAUGAUAAUAAACAUUCUUGUUUUCACAGUAAAUAUAGCUCCAUGCUGCAGUGUUAAGCCAAGUGCUGGUACAGAGCUGAGUUUUACAAGUUGGUGUGCACUGUUCCUUUAGAAACAGCAGAACUGGUAUCUUCGUAGUGUUCAGCGGAUAAGGGGCUGGACAAAGGGUAGACCUAUUGUUAACCUGCAAGGCAAAGUAAGGGCUGGCAUAGCCAGGGGAGUGUGCUUGAGUGGCUAACAGGCAGGUGGUGUUAAGGAGCUGAUACCCAGCUAAGCACAAGCCGGUGGUGGGGGUAACAAGGUGACUCUCAGUCCUGGGAACCCAAGAACCAUCACAUGGUCUGACCCAGAUGGAGUGUUUUGGCAGCUCUCAAUAUCCUUUGUUCUUUUUUCUGCAAGAAAAGUCAGUGGAGCCCCAGCCUAGUGUUUCCGUAAGUUAAGGGCUGGGAACAGGAAAUUAAUAGUCAGGGCUAUUAAUACUGCCUUCCCCAGGCAGCUCUGAACAGAGCAGCACAUCACAGGCUCCCUUCACAGCAUGGAGAUCUCCUGGUGUACAUUCCUAUCAUACAGGCACAUACUGUGGUGUAGCCUCUGGGGACUCUGCUUGGCAAGUCCGGACUAUGAUGAUUACUCUCAGAACAGCACCAACGAGCAGGUGAUUACAUCGGCAAACACACUGUGUCCCCGGGCCAUCCCAGGAGAGAAAGUGACUCGUGGCAACAUCACCUACCUGUCCAUCCAUGAGGACUCCCGCUCCCAGCUGAGCAGUGCAGUCACAGUGUGGCUCAUCCCCUGCCUCUAUUCUGCUGUCUUCCUGGUGGGGCUGCCAGCCAAUGGGCUGGCCCUUUGGGUCCUAGCAACUAGGAUUGAGAAGCUGACCUCCACCAUCUUCCUGAUGAACCUGGCUGCAGCUGACCUGCUCCUGGUGCUUGUGCUACCUUUUAAGAUCUCUUAUUACUUCCUGGGGAACCACUGGCCCUUUGGGGAGGGCCUGUGCCGGCUUACCACUGCCUUUUUCUAUGGGAACAUGUACUGUUCUGUGCUACUGCUCAUGUGCAUCAGUGUUGACCGGUACCUGGCAGCAGUGCACCCUUUCUUCUCCCGCUCCUUCCGCAGCCCAGGCUUUGCUGCCUGCACCUGCAUCAGUGUUUGGCUCAUCACUGCCAUCUUCACCUUGCCCUUGACCCUCUUGCAGCAGUCCUACCCCCUGGAUAACUCCAAUAUCACUCUGUGCCAUGACGCCCUCCCCAGGCAUGAGGAUGCAGAGUACUACUAUUACUACUUUGUGUGCUUGAUCGUCUGCGGCUUCCUUGUCCCCUUAGUAGUGAUGUUGUUUAGCCACUGCUCAGUGCUGUGGAUCCUGCUGGGCAGUGGAGAGAGGUAUGCAUAUGCCAUGAAGCUCACUGUCCUCGUGCUGCUCACAGUCAUGGUGUUCUACACACCCAGCAAUGUCCUUCUCCUUGUCCACUAUUCCAACAAUUGCUCCAAGCUCUAUGAGGACUUGUACGUCAGCUACAUGGUGAGCCUGGCGCUCAGCAGCUUCAACAGUUGUGUUGACCCCUUUGUCUACUACUAUGUCUCUGAGGACUUCAGAGACAAGGUGAGGCGGAGAAUUUUCAGCCGCAGCAAGCGAACAAUCACAUCUCUGAAAACCUCUAAAGAGACUCUGCCUCAGAAGAGCUCCCAUUCACAGUCCCUGGUGUGAGGUACUGGCAUCCCUCACUCUCAUGGCAUCUGCUCACUCCAGGGCUGAGGUUCGGACACAGAGUAGAGCUCUGAGGUGCAGUCUAGGUAGGAAGUUAAUCCAGGCAAGAAGGUGAAGGAGAUAGAUUCUUAAGACUGAAUUCAUCAGGCCCUUACAAACUCCUAAGAGGCUUGGAACCCAAAUUUAGAUGGUGACUGCUGUAUGCAUACUAACCUAUAACAGGGACAGCACAUAUGACUUCCCAUAUGGCUGCUCUGCCCCCUUACUAUGCUCACUGGGUGCUAUAGGCAGGCUGUAUAGUCGACUCUACAUAUAAUAGGAGAGGUGCUGGGGGAAGGAACCUAGAGUGUUUGAGGGAAAAGUGGAAGCUUGGGAAUGUAUUUGCCCAGUAUUAAAACCUGCCCAAGCAAACUGACCGAGGGGGGCUGGGGGCGACUUACAGCCACCCACACACUAGUCUCAGCCUCUGAGCCCACACAUCUUGUGCAUGGAACAAUUUGGCUGGCAUAUCAGGUAGUUGCUCUGCACACAGCAUGUGUCCUUACACAGGCAAAGUUAGAAUCUUCUUACCUGACUUGGUAAACCCUCUGGAAAUACCAGAGUCUCCUUUUCCUAGCAAAAUCAAUUUUAUCCCUAUUUCAGCAAAAAUAAGUACAUUUAGGGGAAGUAAAGAAAGAGUUUUGCCAGAAUUAAGAGUUUAUAGAGUAAGAGAGAAAGUGGGAGUCAGGACUCCUGGAUUCUAUUCCAACCUCUCUCUCUUCCACUGAUAUGCUCUGUGCCUUCAAAUAAGCAAUUUACUCUCCUUGCACCUCAGUAUCCCUACCUGUAAAGUGAAGAGGAUACUUAUAAGGCUAAAUUCAUGAAUGUUUGUAAAACACAGUGAAAUUCUCACAUGAGAUGCAUUGUUUCAUGCUAAUUAUUCUGUGUGAAUGAGGUGAAGAAAACUUAUGCUCAAAUAAAUUUGUUAGUCUCUAAGGUG